GCUACAGUAACAGCUCCGUCAGUCUGCUGCUGUCAUUUGUGGGCACGGACGGGUUCCACUAACAUCGCUGCUGUGAUGGUUCACUGAUGCAAACCAAGGAAAACGGAAUUCAACUUGUUCAACUGAACUUCUGUUGUUGACUGUGAAAUUGAAAAAUACAGUAACCAGAGGAACAGGAUGUGGACCUUUAUUUUUAUUUACAUCCUGGGUCUAAACAUCUGUCAGGCUACUGGAGAAGACAAUUCAACACAAAUGUAUUAUGCCAAAUUGACAAUAGAGGAAAGUGCAAUCGGAAACAUAACUGAGAUACUGAAAGGUUUUGUGAGUAACACCACUGUGCAAGUUGAUGGCCUUGAAAUAACAACAACUUGUCAGAAUGUCUCGGCCCACACAGAGUGUACCUGCAAGCCUAACUACAGAUGGAGUGAUAAAGUUUGUAAGUCUAAUCAGAAAUGUUGUGGUGACAAGAUAUGCACCUUCCCACAAAACUUGGCUCACAUGUGUGUUUCACACACCACAGUUGCUAUCAAAGGAUCCAUCAUUUUGACUAAACUGGAAUAUUACAAUUGUCUAUCAGAUGACUCUGAGACAUUUAAGCAAUGUAAUAACCAAUUGUUAAAUGAGAUGAAAAAAGUGUACAGCACUUUGAGGGGAUUUGACAUUUUAAAAAUUAACAAAUACAGUGCUGGAAGCAUCAUCGUAGAUUUUGAAAUGACCAUCGCUAACAGCGUCAAUCCAAAAGAUCUGAUUGAAAAAUCUAAUCUCCUGAGCAGCAAUCUGUCAGCAUCACUUGAACUGGAGACUACAGGUGUUGUCCAUUUAAGCAUGCCAACUAAUCCUGUGUAUUACCAAAGCAAGCACAGCCUCAAAUGCACAUCACAGGAGGACCUGGGCACCCUACCAGUGUGGCAGCUGAAAAAAGAUAUUUAUGUCACAAAAUUUGACAUAACUAAUGGCACAGAGUCAACAGUGACAUCAGCAACAAGGGAGACUGAAGUUGAACUUCAAAACAUAAACGAAGUCUGGGCAGGAGAGUACACAUGUGUGUACCAUCAAAACUCAAACAAAAACAAAAUAUCUCACAAAGCUAGUGCUGUAUUGGACGUAUGCCUCCUGCCAAACAUUGACCAAAAAACGGCUCCACAAUUUCCACGCUGCAAAAACAAUUCAGGUCCACUGACUGUAAGAGCAAUAUGUGAGAUAGGGAGUAGCAAUGAAACUUAUACAGUGACAUGGGAAAGCCUUACAACAGGAAUAACACUAAUACCACUUGCUAGUUCUUCUGAACUAACAGUUUAUGCAGCUCAAAUAAGUGUUAGCUGUGACUCAGCCAACUCUAUACCACACCUAACAUGCACUUUUAAGAACAGGUGCAAUCAAACGAGAAAUGCUUCAGUUGAUAUCAAUAUCAUAUAUGCAAAUGAAGCAUUCUGUGCAGAUGAGGGUGACUGGAAAGAAACCAAAGCUGGAUUCACUGCAGUGUUAAAAUGCAAGGACGCGUCUGGACAAAGACAAAGGAAAUGCAAAGACUCUGCCACAUGGGAACCGGAGGUUUCAGCGUGUGUCAACCAGGACUUGAACGAUGUGCUGAAAAGGGCAAUUAUUGCUGACAUUGGACUUGGCACACUAGAUGAAAAUGCUGCAGACGUAUUUUCCCGCCUUCAGGCUGUCACUAAUAACACACAGACUAUCAACACUUUCGCCAAUAUAAAUGCAUCUAUUCACGUACUCUUCAGUUUGAGUCAAAAGGACAAACUAAAGCCAAAUGAAUCAUCAUUUAAUGACUUUCUGGAUUCAUCCAGCAAUUUGCUGGAAAAGUCUCUUGAAAAUUCAUGGGUAACAGAGGCUGACAAAAGCAGUUUCUCAUUGGCUGAGAGAUAUCUGAGUUCUGUUGAACAAAUUAUUCAUGCGGCAAACAUAACAGGUGCCCCUAAAAAAACAAAUAUAGAGGUAGCCAAAAGCAAUUGCUCACAGGAGUCAAAUUGUUCCAGCACAGUGUUCAAUGUCUCCAUCGUUCUUGAAAGUCAACACCCUGGUAGUGUAAAAACAGCUGGGUUUAAAGAACUGCAGAACUAUUUGCCCAACAAAGAUGAUAAGUACAACCCUAACAGCCACGUUGUGUCAGUAACUACUGAAAAGAAAGAACUGGAUACACUUAAGGUUAAAAUUACAUUCCCGUUGCUCAAACCGAGGCCUCGCAACGUUGAGAUAAAGUGUGUCUCAUGGGAAAACAACACCAGAACGUGGUCAUCAGAAGGAUGCAAAUGGACGUAUUCAAAUAGUUCUUCUAAUGAGGAACAAUGUGUUUGCACCCAUUUAUCCUCAUUUGCCAUUUUAAUGUCAAAGACUCCCUUGUACAUUAGUGGGUUAGAGGAGAUAACCUACGUCGGACUGUCUAUAUCAGUCAUGUCACUCAUUGUCAGCCUUGUGAUAGAACUGAUCGUCUGGAACGCUGUAGUUAGGACAAAUUCUUUAUAUUUACGCCAUACUGCCCACGUAAACAUUUCUCUAUGUUUGCUAGUUGCAGAUUGCUGUUUUUUAGCAUCUUCUAAGCCAGGUGCUAUUUCAGAAAUCUGGUGUAAGACCUUUGUGGUGUUGAAGCAUUUCUGUUACCUGUCCAUGUUCUUUUGGAUGUUGUGUCUGAGCAGCACGCUUCUUCACCAAGCAGUUUUCCUGUUCCAUAAUGUGAGCAAGAAAAACUACCUGAGGUUCUCAUUAGUCCUGGGCUAUGUGUGUCCUUUGCUUAUUGUUGUUAUCACGUUUCUUGCCAAUAAUGGUGAUGAAGGCUUGUACUUCUCCAGUGAGACCUGUUGGUUGCUUUAUUCUGGACUUCUGAAAGGGUCCAUCCAUACAUUUAUCAUACCAGUCGGUAUAAUCGUUUUCAUCAACGUGUUCUCCAUGUUGGUAGUAAUCAUGAAGCUUUUGGAUCACCCGAAGAAUACAGAAAAGUCUCAUGAAAAAGAAAAAAAGGCUGCCAUAACUGUCAUGAGGUCAGUUAUUUUUCUGACUCCAAUCUUUGGUGUGACUUGGAUUUUUGGAUUUGCUGUAAUGCUUCUUGACCUCACAAGUGGAUACAUGGCUUACGCAGUCAAUUAUGCCUUUACCCUGCUGAACGCGUUCCAGGGUUUGUUCAUUUUGUUAACCACUUGCCUGGGGGAUAAACUGACCCGUGAAGCACUGCUGAACCGUCUAAAACACAAUGCUCCAGCAUCGACUAUUGACAGCUCCACAAAGUUAGACUCAACUUUGAAGAAGUGAAAAUCGUCUCAAAUAUGUGCACUCUUAAAUCAAAACAAACUACAUUUUACACAUAAAACCACAGAUAAUAGCAUAAUAAGCUACAUUCACUCUCUGAUUUGACUACUUUUUUUGUUGCUUAUUUUGGUUUAUUACCUGUGAUACAAGUUAAAGUCCACUGUACAAUGUUGUAACGUUGGUUUAGUAGAUAUCUGUAUUUCUGACAUUUCCAAGCUGGAUUAUUUGUUUGUUGCUUUAAAUUAAACUACAUAUUAAUGUCAAAUGGUUUAAGCAAUACUGCAUAUUACAUGUUUUUCCAUUAGUACUGAAGCACUGAAAUGCCACAGAAACACUGUCAACUGAAAGGCUACAAGGAUGUCUCACACUUUGUUUUGUAAAGGGGAGUUAGGCAUACAUCUGAAUGUUGCUUUAGAGAUCCUGUUUUCUUCAUUUUCUUCGCCCUGUUCUGCCCACUCCUCGUCUGUGUCAUCCACUGAAAUCCCUUUUUGGGCUGCCAUCUUGCGGUAGGCCUGGCACUCAAUUUCUGCUCUGCAACAUACAAAAACAGGGCAAUACUUAUUUACCUGAUGUAUAAAGUAAUUGUAUAAGGUUACUGGGGCUGUGUAUUUGAAAGAAAAGCUUUGUAUGUAAAAUAAAAGUUCAAUUAAAAUAUUACAAGUGUGAAAAUCAA